CUUUUUCAUUCUUACGUCUCUUAUGUUUUAUAGUCAAAUUCGAAAAUGGAAAAAUUUAAAGUUGUGAUUACUUAUUUUGGCUUUUCAAUUCUUUAUUUAACUUCAUAUGGAAAUGGCCAAAAUAUAUGUCUGGAAUGUGAGAUCUUAGAAAAGUGUAGAGUAAACGAUACUUUUAUGUUUAGCAACAAGAAUGAUUUCCUAAAAAUAGAUUGGAAGGAACCUGGAGAAAUUACGGACCCUAGAAUCGAUGCGUGCCUGAGUCCCGGUAUGAAAAUAAAAGGUAAACUAACGGAUGUGUUAUGCUCUGGUAGUGUUGAUAGAAAAUGUCACGUAAUUCGUCCAAAGUAUAAAUAUGCAGAUCCAAUAAAACUGUGCGCUGCAUGCGGAUACAUAUGCGGGUGCAGAGUUAAUCUUAUGGAUGCUCUAGAUGUAGGAAAGCGUGUUAUUGUGAAUUUCGUACUUAUAUUAUCAUGUUUGCUGGCAUUUUUCAUUAUGGCCAUCUGAAAUAUGGCUUUAUAUAAGUGUAAUUAAAUAUGU